GCGGUUCAAUGGGCAUCGGCCUAGCCAUUGCCAAACAAGCCGCAUCGGAGGGAGCACGCAUUUCCCUUCUGGCUCGCUCCCUGGACCAGCUCGAAAAGGCCAAACAAUCAAUCUGUGAAGCUUGCGAUGUCGAGGUGUCGAUCUUUUCUGCCGAUGUCCGUGACUACGUUGCCGUUGAGCGUGCUGUAAAUAAGGCCGGCCCCAUUGAUGUUCUAGUAGUGAACCAUGGGGUGUACUAUGUUGAGGAGCUUGAGACACAAGAACUAGAUGUAGUGAAGUCGAUGAUAGACGUGAACCUGAUGGGAAGUUUCAAUGUCAUCAAAGCUGCUUUGCCGUCGAUGAAAAGAAUGAUAGAGAACACAAAGGGGCUGCCUCCAUUGCUCUUGUGUCUUCAAUCUCCGGCCAGGUGGGUGCAUAUGGUGCUACGGCAUAUUCGGCCACCAAAUUUGGACUUCGAGGAUUAGCAGAAGUAUUGCAACAGGAAGUUUUGGUGAAUAAUAUUCAUGUCUCUGUGGUUUUCCCUCCCCUUACUGAAACUCCGGGUAUUCAACGAGGUAUGGUUUUUUUAU